AUGGGUCUCCCCGCUUUCUCAGAGCCAGCAACAACCACUUCUCCUCAAACCCCGCAACAAGAACAGAAUCACAGCACUGGCGUUGCUACCGGUGCCGGCGCAAACACUGGCGCAGGGGUGACAAGGCCCAAGACUGAAGAGGAGAAAGAGGCCGAUCGACUUUAUGAGGAGGCUAUGGAGGAGGAGUAUGCUAAGCGUGAUGGAGGUGCCUAA